AUGGUUGAGCUUCAGAGCUUAUGGGCCAAUCAGACUGUAGUGGUUGUUUUUCUACGUCGGUUUGGAUGACAGCUGUGCCGGCUGUGGUCGACUGAACUUAGUUCGGUCAAACCACAGCUUGAUGCACAUAACGUGCGUCUGUGUGGUGUUGGACUGGAGGAACUUGGCCUUGAAGAGUUCCAAGAAAAAAAGUUCUUCACUGGAGGUUAGUUUGGUCCCAGUGUGUUAAAGCAUCCUUUUGAGCAAGUUCAAAUGCAGAAAAAAAUCAUUCUAGACUAAAUAAGUUGCUUGCUUACUUUAUUAGAAGGUGGAUCUCAUUUAGCAGCAGCUUUUAUCUUUGACAAAGUUAUUUAAAUGUAAUUUGGCAGGAAAUAGAAACCAUCUUCUGAAAGAUCACCACCUCUUGCUUGGUAAACUUUCAAAGUUUUGUUAAGUUUUGUUACCUGAGGGGAAAGGUGGGGUUUCAAAACUCAAUUUUCAAAAAAAACUGCACCACAGACAAAUAGCAGAGGGAAGGGGGAACGUACCUGUCACAGAUAUUUGUGUGACUGGUGAUAAACACCCUACUCUCUCAUGUUAUAAAAAAUCUUGCUUUGUUUCACAGAGUUGUUUUUGGAUACCAAGCAGCAGAUUUACAAGGACUUGGGAUUCAAAAGGUGAGGAAUAGUAAGACUGUCAAGGUCUAAAAUAUUGUUUGCACACUAAUUAAAAGCGAUGAAACUAUGAAAUGUAGAGAGAAUAUAUUGUGAGUUUCAUGCAGCAGGACCCAAACAUUUCAUAGUCACUCUAGGGUAUAUCAGCAUGCAAAGAAAGUUUUGUCCAACAUUCCAGGGCUAGAGAAGUUUGCUAUCAGGGCCGGGUUGUUCAAAGCAGGGUUAAGAUAACCUAGGGUUAGUGCGAAAUUUGAAUUCAGAUAUGAAAGCUUAGAAAGCAAAUUCAGUUUAAAGUUAUUCUUUUUGCCUACCAUUUGAUGACUGGAUGCUCUAGAAAGAAUAGAGAAAAUUAUCCUGGAAAAUGCUUUUGAACAAAAGGAAAAGAAACCCAGGUUAAGAUUUAACCCUGGGUUAGCACUAAUCGGCCUUCGAACAACUGGGCCCAUGUUAGUGAGUUCUGUUCUUCUUGCCCAAAGGGCCAGUGAAGUUUUUGGGGAAUUCAGAAUUACCAUAGUCUGAAAAGAACUGUAAAAAUCCUGCUUAUCAAUUUUUUUGGGGGGGUGGGGGGGGAGGGAGGCUAGUUAAAAUGACUCUUGCUAGUGCAUGGUAGCUGAAGUUUGUAGAACUGACUUUCUUUGCACCUGGCUGCUUAAUGUAAGUAACUAAUUAAGGAUCACAAGGUGCUGCUAUAGCUAAUAAGAUGCAGUUUAUUACAUGACCUUCUUUUUGUUGAACAAGAACUAGGUGCCUGAGAAAAGGGCAUUCUGGCCCUGAAAACCUUAUAGUAUUAUUGUUGUAUUGAAAAAAGCAAAAGUGUGUUAAAUGGGUGUACUGGCUGAAAAGCUUCAGCUAAACUUCAAUGGCUUUUAUGGCAAAAAAUGCAUUUGAGCGGCAGAACUUAGAAAAAAGGAAAGAUCUUCUUGUGCUCAAACUUUGGUAAGUUUGUUCAUUUGCUUUGCUUAGGUACAAUGCAUUAACUGUCCUUGGUGGCUUGACAGCUAAAGAAACAAGGUUAUCCAUAUCCAAGGUGAUUGCUUUUAAAUACCUUUAAUCUACUUAAGUCACAGUUUAUUUGAAGUUUAACAAGUUUGGAAAAUAAUGGAUGAAUGUGAUUUCUGGUAAAGUUGACUGCAGAAAGUUCCUUUUUUUCUGUUAAGUUUCAAAUUGGUGAAAUAGAUGGUGAUCAUUUUUUAAUCAUGUAUUUAUGGUGCAAACAAGGUGAUUCUCUAUGAUCAUAAAUUAAAGUAAAGUAGAUAGCCUUUAUAUGUGAAUCUUGCAGUGUACAGAAACUGUUCCAAUUUUUUUAUUUGAUGUUCUUUAUUUCGAUUCAAGUGCGUUCUCUUGUGGAUGCCUUUCUAUAUUACUCCUGUAUGUGUGUUUCAUAUUUUCAUUUUGUGUUGUUGUCUGCAGGCAAACUCCAAAAACAUAAAAGGAAACUUAAAGGGUGAUGGAAUGCUAAAUGGCGGCAUGCUGAUAGUGACAGCAGGGGGAGAGAAAGUGUUGCUCAGCCACAAACAGGCUUCACCUGGAGAUCAUGUCCCUAAUGAGAAAAUUCUUGAGGUUCUUGGUAUAGAAGUUGAAGAGGGAACAAAAGAAGAAAGUGGAUCAGCACCAGAGGACGGGGCAGCAGAAGGGGGCUCAGAGAAAUAA